AAACUGUGCAAAAAGUGUGUAGCUCUGCUAAUUGGAAUAAAAAAUGCAGUAAAAAGUGUAAAUUAAGAACGGAAACAAUAUAAAAAUGGCGAUCCAAAAGCCAGGCGAGUGGGCGAACUCACUUUUAGCCCGUUUCGAAGACCAGCUGCCCAAUAAAAUUGGUUUGCAUGGCACCCAAGCGCGCUUGAGUCAGGAUCAGCUGACGGCCUGUCUCAUACAAAUUUCGCGUUAUCGCUUCUCACUAGUUAUAUCUGGACUCACCAAAAUGCUGCAACGAGUUAAUGAAGCGGUAAAUUUCCUAAUAUUUAAUAUUUUAACUUUAAUUGUAACCAUUUUUCUUAAAUUUCUUUUACAGUCUAUGCAAAACCGUCACGACGCUGAGCGUUGUUAUUUUGAAUCACUAGUCAUUAUAUUAACAACUCUGGAACGUUGUUUGGCUAAUCAGACAAAGGAUACGGCACGUUUUGAGGAAGCAAUGAAUGUUAAACUACUUUUACGCGAAAUUUCGCAAUUCAUCGAUGUACAGAGUGAUAAUAAUCCAAAUGCAGCGCAGCUGAAAGCUAUUGCGUCAAGAGUGCUUUUCGGACUUUCACAAAAUCAUUUUUCAGCUGUAUUUAAUCGCAUAUCAGCGCGCAUACAAGAGUUGAUCACAUGCUCAGAUGAGAAUCCCGACUGUUGUGACAUUGAAUUAAUACAACAUAUUGACAUGGACAUAAAUAAAUUAACCAAACUUUUGCAAGUGACCAAGUCAAGAUCGAAGAAGGCGCCGCCUUUGAUUUUGCUGCAUUCGCUAGAGAAAGCCAUUUGGAACUGGAUUGAAUACCAUCCACAUGAAUUUCAGGAUUUGCAACGCGGCAUUGCCACCAAAGAUAUUUCAAGCUGCUGGGAAACAUUGCUGGAAUUUGUUGAAGCAUAUAAAGCAGAAAAUAAGAAGAACAAGACAACCGUCUGGCCAUUACAAAUGCUAUUGCUUAUACUAAAUCCCAGCUGCUUAGAAGCCACCGUCAAUGAAUUACAACAAUCUGAAAAGGAGAAGGAUAAAGAAAAAUACAGAGAUAAAGAUAAAACGUCAUUAACGCAAAACUCUGCGCAAACUGCACGUGACAAAGAGCAAUCUGCUAAGCAGUUUAUUGAGGGUAUUAAACGUGGCUUGGGGCCACACUCACCCUCAAAGCAGGUCACUGAGUAUGCUGCUAUUGCUUGUGUAAAACUAUGCAAAGCCUCAACAUAUGUCAAUAACAACGAUUCGAAUAAUGUGCUCUUCAAAUUAGUGCAAUAUGUCAUUAAUGAUUUGAAAGCUUUGCUUUUUAAUCCGGUCAAGCCAUUUUCGCGUGGCCAGGCGUACAACUAUGCUGAUAUUGAGCUUAUGAUCGACUGUUGGGUUUCACUAUUUCGCAUAAAUCCCCAUAAUAUCGACACAUUGAAGGUCUGCCUCAAUUUGUCUUCACCGCAGGCGUAUCAUUUUGUAAUUGUCUGCUCUUUGCUGAGAUUAACACACAUACACGUGGAUUUUCGUCUACAAAAUAAAAACUGUUUCCGCACCAUCCAUCAGCCAAUACUAUCUUGGUGGGCCAAAACCAAUGUUGUACACUAUCGUUCUGCAGAAUUGCGCGCACUCUUCACCGAUACCUUGAAUAAAGCCACUCAGGGUUAUAUUGCGCAUACGCCACUGCGUAUGAUAACAUCGCUGACGCUGAAAUCGAAAGAUACGCAGAAAGGCUUGACGCGUUCCGAAGAGGGACCUGCACACAAAAUGUUACUGCUCCUCUUGGUUCGGCUUAUACACGCUGACCCGAUGUUACUUUUAAAUACACAAGGCAAAGUGGCGCAUGAAAUGCAAAGUUCCUCGCUCGAACUCAUCAAUGGUCUGGUGAGUCUCGUGCACCAACCCACCAUGCCCGAUGUGGCGCAGGAAGCUAUGGAGGCAUUACUAGCUUUACACUCAUACGAUAAAAUCGAAUUGUGGAAUCCACAGGCGCCAAUGAAUUGUUUUUGGGAUGUCAGUUCGCAAGUGCUGUUUUCGAUUUCGCAAAAACUAAUACAACACCAGAUUGCCAACUAUACGGAUGUGCUGAAAUGGAUGCGUGGCAUACUGAGUUGUCGCAAUGACUAUCUGCAGCGGCACAAGAAGUAUGCACUGGUCGGUCAUGAGCUGCAGAUCUGCCGUCAGGCGCGCAUUAAACUGGAAGUGGUGUUCUUCAUGUAUCUGUGGUCAGUCGAUUUGGAUGCAGUGCUCACGUCCCUCUCCUGCUUUGGUCUCUUAUGCCAAGAGUCGGAUAUUUUGUUGACAGCAGAUGAUUCGGCGACUGUGUUACCUGUUGCGAAUUAUCAAAUAUAUCAGGAGCUGACGCAAUUGGCAAGCUCGGACACGCGCAUAUGUUUCUACGAAACUAAUCAUGGCAAUGCUUACAACCGUCUGGCUCUACAACGACGUAUGAUGAAUUUGUUGCGCAAAAUCGAGCACUGUGUUGAUGGCGUACAAACAGCGUGGGAGGAAACCUUUAGAAAUUGGGAACUCACCAGCAAAGUAUUACAAACAUAUCCCAAAUAUAAAAGUGACGAUGUGCAAGCAGAGCUCUUCCAUCGUGGCGUUGGCAAGCGUCGCGCAAGUCAUCAAAGUUCGGAACAUGAUUUAGAGGAACACAUCACCGAAUGGGCCAACAUGACAUGGUUUCUGCUAACACUUGGCGGCGUGUGUCUGCAAAAGCGUUUGUCUUCGCGUUGGAAGCAAAUGCAAUUACAAAAUAAUACCGCAACUGCUGGUUCCAGUAGCGGUAUGCCUGCGACGAGCAAUCUCCUGCAGUCGCACAACAGUUUGGCACAAUCGCAGAACACCUUAGCAGCGUCCGGCAGUUUGACUUCGAUCUCCACAAUACCAGCUGUCUCGCUGUAUUCGCUCUACUCAUGCUCCACCAGUUCCGGACGUGGUUCUCUACUGCAUCCCAGCACCAUAUCAUUGACUACGAUAGUGCCGGUGCCGCAGCAAGAUUUACAAUACUGUCCGGUGUCACAAUUCAUCGGUCAGUUGUUACGCUUGUUGGUGUGCAAUAACGAAAAAAUCGGUUCGAAUAUACAGAAGAAUGUGAAAGAUUUAAUUUCGGAAGAAAUGACACCACAACUCUAUCCCAUAGUUUUCGAUCAAAUACGUUCGAUAGUCGAGAAAUUUUUCGAUCAACAGGGGCAAGUGAACGUCUCCGAAAUCAAUACCGCCUUCAUCGACCACAUUAUACACAUAAUGAUUUCGAUAUUGAGCCCACGACCCGUGAAAGAUCCGAAUAAUGAGCAAGUCGCUGCUUCCGAGUACCUGAGCGUGACGAGCAUUGAAGGCAUGAUGCUGGGCAUUGUGCGUUAUAUGCGUCAUCGCGAAAUGACUGUAUCAGGGAUACGCGCCAAAGUGCGCGUUUGUAAUUUGGUAGAGAUAAUGAUAAAACGUCGCGACGAUUUGGCUUUUCGGCAAGAAAUGAAAUUUCGCAACAAAUUAGUGGAAUACUUAAGCGAUUGGGUUAUGGGCACCUCACACCAAAUAGUACCGACAGCCAACGAACCGCCGCCAGCAAAUCCCGCUGAAAUAUUCCGUGAACUCGAUAUAGCUUGCAUGGAAGCUGUCGCCGCUUUGCUACGUGGACUACCUUUGCAACCCGAGGAAUCCGAUCGUGGCGAUUUGAUGGACGCGAAGAGCGCAUUAUUCCUCAAAUACUUCACGCUUUUCAUGAAUCUCCUAAACGACUGCAUUGAUAGCACUGAGGCUGAGAAAGAGCUAAGUAAUCCACCACUACUCCCACCGCAUCCGGCUGUUAAUGGCCGAUUGGGCAUGUUACGCUUUAACACCAUACAGGCGAUGUCAAACUUGCUCGGCGCCAACAUCGACUCGGGUCUGACGCAUUCCAUCGAUCUUGGCUACAAUCCCGAUUUACAAACACGCGCCUCCUUUAUGGAAGUGCUUACGCGCAUCUUGAAGCAAGGCACCGAAUUCGAUACGCUCGCCGAGACUGUGCUGGCCGAUCGAUUUGAGCAGCUGGUCCAAUUAGUUACAAUGAUUAGCGAUAAGGGUGAGCUGCCUAUAGCGAUGGCAUUGGCUAAUGUAGUGACCACUUCACAAAUGGAUGAAUUGGCACGUGUGCUGGUAACACUAUUCGAUGCCAAGCAUCUGCUCUCACCGCUCUUGUGGAACAUGUUCUAUCGCGAAGUCGAAAUAUCCGAAUGCAUGUCGACACUCUUUCGCGGCAAUUCGCUUGGUAGUAAAAUAAUGGCAUUUUGCUUUAAAAUUUACGGUGCAAGCUAUUUGCAAAACUUGCUGGAGCCGCUAAUACGACCGUUACUCGAUGAUCAGACCACUAGCUAUGAGGUGGAUCCGGCUAGACUCGAGCCCGGUGAAGACUUGGAACGCAAUAAAGAGAACCUAAUAUCGCUCACCAGAGUCUUCUUUGAAGCGAUACUCAAUUCAGUGGAUCGUUUUCCCUCACAGCUGCGCUCAAUGUGUCACUGCCUCUAUCAGGUGUUGAGCAAACGCUUUCCCACUGUCUUGCAAACCAAUAUUGGCGCAGUGGGCACUGUGAUCUUUCUACGCUUUAUAAAUCCAGCUAUUGUAUCACCCCAAGAACUCGGCAUUGUUAAUCGCCAAGUACCCGCUUCGGUGAAGCGUGGUCUAAUGUUGAUGUCGAAAAUCUUACAAAACAUCGCCAAUCACAUUGAGUUCUCUAAGGAACAGCAUAUGGUGUCAUUCAAUGAUUUUCUACGCGCACGAUUUGAACAAGGUCGUCACUUUUUCGUACAAAUCGCCUCGGAUUGCGAGACGGUGGACCAGGCGUCGCACAGCAUGAGCUUCAUCUCAGAUGCCAAUGUUUUGGCAUUGCAUCGCUUGCUGUGGACGCAUCAGGAGCGCAUUGGCGAUUAUCUCUCCAGCAGUCGUGAUCACAAAGCUGUAGGCAGACGUCCUUUCGACAAAAUGGCCACAUUGCUAGCUUAUUUGGGGCCGCCAGAACAUAAACCAGUGGACUCACAUUCGGUGCACUGCAGCAUGAUGUUCUCAUCGUAUGCGCGUUGGAGCUCUAUUGACAUGUCAUCGAAUUACUUCGAAGAUGUUAUGGUGAAACAUCAAAUGCACGAAAAGGAGGAAUUCAAAAGCAUAAAAUCCAUGAAUAUCUUCUAUCAAGCGGGCGCAAGUAAAGCGGGAUUACCAGUGUUCUACUACAUUGCCAGGCGUUACAAAAUCGGCGAAACGAAUGGCGAUUUACUGCUCUAUCAUGUAAUACUCACGCUGAAAGCAUUCUGCCACUCACCUUUCGAAUUGCUCAUAGACUUCACGCACACUUGCUCGGAUAAUCGCUUUCGUACAGAGUUCUUGCAGAAAUGGUUUUGUGUGCUGCCAACCGUUACCUAUGACAAUUUAUACACCAUUUACAUUUACAACUGUAAUUCGUGGGUGCGUGAAUAUACAAAAUUCCAUGAACGCAUACUAGCGCCGAUAAAGAGCGAUCGCAAACUAGUCUUCAUCGAUUCGUCCAAUAAACUCAAUGAAUACAUCGACACUGAACAACAGAAACUGCCAGGCGCCACAUUAUCGCUAGACGAAGAUCUCAAGGUAUUCAAUAAUGCGCUCAAGCUUAGCCAUAAAGAUACCAAAGUUGCUAUAAAAGUCGGACCCACUGCAUUGCAAGUGACAGCAGUGGAGAAAACCAAAGUGCUGGGUCACUCAGUACUGCUGAACGAUGUCUAUUAUGCCUCCGAAAUUGAGGAAGUUUGUCUGGUGGAUGAUAAUCAAUUUACGCUCUCCAUAACGAAUGAAAGCGGUCAGCUUAGCUUUAUACACAACGAUUGUGAUACCAUUGUACAGGCCAUUAUACAUAUACGCAAUCGUUGGGAGUUAAGUCAACCGGAAUCGGUGACGGUGCACCAAAAAAUACGUCCCAAAGAUGUGCCCGGUACACUUUUAAAUAUGGCAUUACUUAAUCUAGGCACCUCGGAUCCCACCUUGCGUUUAGCUGCCUAUAAUUUACUCUGCUCGCUCACCUGCUCCUUUGAUUUGAAAAUCGAAGGUCAACUAUUGGAGGCACACGGUUUGUGUAUACCAUCGAACAACACAAUUUUCAUUAAAUCCAUCAGCGAGAAAUUAGCCACCAACGAGCCACAUUUAACGCUCGAAUUUCUAGAGGAAUGCAUACAGGGUUUCCAGCGUAGCACAAUUGAAUUGAAGCAUUUAUGCUUGGAAUAUAUGACACCGUGGCUGAAUAAUCUAUUGAAAUUUUGCAAAUCGAACGAUGAUGCCAAAAAGCUAAAGGUCGCACAGAUUUUAGACAAAUUGAUUUGUCUUACAAUCGAACAGAAGGAGAUGUACCCAUCGGUGCAGGCGAAAAUUUGGGGCUCUAUUGGUCGCAUACCCGAUCUUAUCGAUAUGGUGUUGGAUAAUUUCCUACACAAAUCGAUUACUUACGGUUUGGGUUCGCCGCAUGUGGAGAUUAUGGCCGACACGGCUGUGGCGCUCGCCUCUGCCAAUGUGCUGUUGGUGUCGAAGAAGAUAAUAACGCGCAUGUGCCGCGUCUUGGAUAAGACCUGCACCAAUCCAACACAGUUUCUGGAGCAGCAUAUGAUGUGGGAUGAUAUUGCAAUAUUGACGCGUUUUCUGCUCAUGUUGUCCUUCAAUAACUGCCUUGAUGUCGUAACACAUUUGCCAUAUCUAUUUCAUAUUAUCACGUUUUUGAUCUGCUCCGGUUCGGUAACGAUGCGCGCCUCCAUACACGGUCUCGUCGUCAACAUCAUACACUCGCUGACUACUUGCACUAAACCGACUUUCUCAGACAACGCAAAGCGCGUGCUGCGACUGGCACUCGAGGAAUUCUCACUAUACAAAUUCUAUGCGCUCUUCGGUAUCAGCAAAGUCAAAUCGGCCGCUGUAACAGCCUUCCGCUCGAGCUAUCGACAUCCAUCCGACAGAUGGUUGGGCAAUGAGCGCGUCUGUCAAAUGUUACCAGCCGAUGUGGAGCGAAUUACAUUGCCCUCAUUGGAAGAGGUGGUCGAUUCGCUGUCGGAGAUCAUGUCGGUUUGCAUGCCCGAUGUGCCGGAUUGCCAAUGGUUGGAGACAUGGACGACGUUGUCGCGCAGUUUCGCCUUCUGUUACAACCCUGCGUUGGAACCACGUGCGCUCAUAGUUUACGGUUGCAUUAGUAAAAGCAUAACCGAUCAGGAAGUGAAACAACUUUUGCGCAUUUUAGUAAAAGCACUGGAAUCGUUCAACGACAUCACAUUAAUCGAGGCGAUCGUAUUGUGUUUGACGCGCAUACAACCCCUACUGAGACCUGAAUCGCCCAUACAUCGCGCCCUCUUUUGGGUUGCUAUCUCGGUACUGCAGCUAGACGAAGUAUCGUUGUAUGACGCCGGUUUGGCAUUUCUCGAACAAAAUCUGCAUACACUGGAACGUCAGGGUUGCUUCGAUCACGAGAGCAUAGCCGAUGUCAUGAUGCGUACACGCGAAAAACUUGAGUGGCACUUCAAGCAACUCGAUCAUGCAGUUGGCUUAUCGUUUCGCAGCAAUUUCCACUUUGCACUCGUCGGUCACUUGCUAAAAGGCUUUCGUCAUCCCACACCUUCAACUGUCUUUCGCACAUCGCGCAUACUCGGCACGCUGCUGAGUCUCGUCGCCAAACCUUUUCAUCGCGACAAAUUCGAAGUGACACCUGACAGCGUUGCCUAUUUGACGGCUCUGGUAGCCGUUUCCGAGGAAGUGCGCUCACGCUGCCACGUCAAGCAUGCCAUACCGCGAUGGACCACCGAUUUGAGCAUUAUGGAAAAUGGCGAAACGAUCUUCUAUGGCAAUCAGAAUGCGCUCGGCAUGUCACUGCCACGUCGGCAAAAGUCCUGGGAUAUGCUUGAUCAGUCAGCUUUACAGUUUGCGCGUCAUCACAAAGGACCCGCACAUCAGAUGAAUGCCAAAGUUUUGUUUAAAACACAGCGCUCUUUUUCGGUGCCAACAACAAAAGAACCGAAUAAUACGAGCACUAUCGAAGAACGCCAGGAGCGUGGCUCGCGUUCAUCUGUUUCCAAUGAGUCUAAUGUGCUAUUGGAUCCCGAAGUGCUCUCCGAUUUGUCCACGCAAGCGCUGGUAUUAACGGUUUUGGCCACAUUGGUGAAAUAUUCGACAGAGGAGAAUGAGACGCGCGUGCUCUAUCAGUACCUGGCCGAGGGUUCGGUUGUAUUUCCCAAGGUGUUUCCAGUCAUACACUCGCUGCUGGACCAGAAGAUUAACAAUAUACUCUCAGUGUCACACGACCAAGUCGUGCUGAAUUCAGUACAAAGCAUCAUACAAAAUAUGCUCGCCAGCGAGGAUCCUUCACAACAGCAACUGCAUUUCCUGCAAAGUUGCGGCUUUGGUGGUCUCUGGCGGUUCGCUGGUCCCUUUACAAAGUACACCAUGAUGGGCGAAUCUUCGGAAUUAUUUGUGAACUGUUUGGAGGCCAUGGUUGAGACAUGCCUGCCAGGUGAUGAGACUGUACCGGUGCCGCCAUCACCACGUCCAUACAAUUUGAGUUCGAGCCUCAGCAGUCUUACUCUAGGUUCACCAACUGAUAAAGCUGCAUGAAUAACAACCAGCCAACGCGGCCGACAUCCGACAUUAUUCGCGCGAGUCUUUCGUUUUCUAAAUUUCUUCAAAAAAUGUUUUUAAAACCUGAAAAGUUUUACCACAAACUAAAGGGAGGAACCUAGGUAGCCAGAACAAAUGUAAAAAAAGGGGGCGUACAAAGUAAGUCCAGAUUUUAAUUUUAUGAACAAGUGAACGGAGGAAAAAAGAAGAUGUAGAAGACAUUAAUGAAGAAUUCUACAAAACUAUGUACUGCAGGGAUUGAGACAAGUAUGAGUGUGCCAAGGACAAGGACACACAGUGACAUUUACGUCAGAUAUAUAUAUAUGUAUGUGCGCGUGUAGCUGUGUUGAAAGUUUGAUUUCCGCUUAAAUGUAAGGUUAGAGUAGAAGGAUUUUGACCGGCAAACGAAAAAAUUGAACAACUUAACCACCAGCAUCGAAUUUAGCUGUAAUAAAACAACAAAAGUAAAAGCAAAAACAAACUAAAAGUAAAAGUAAGAAAAGUAAGAGUAAAAAACCAAAAACCAACAAAAAUAAUAAUAACAAUACAAGUACACAUAACACUCACCAGCAAAUGUGAAUGUGUGUGGCUGUGUGUGUGUGUGAGAAGAAUAACUAACCAAAAAUAAUUAAAAAAAAAAAGAAAGAAAAUCAUAUUUUAAUGUGUGCCUGUGUGUGUAGUAAGUGCGCUUGUAUGUGUGCGUCGUCAUGUGUCAUGCUUUGAAUGUAUCAAACGCUAUGUUUUUGUUUUUGUUAUACAUUUAACUUGUAAGCUUUUAAAGUUACUAAUUGAAAUUACUUAAGUGUAAAAACUCAUCCAUGUGGUCUUACUAAUGCACACUAACCUAACACAUAUAAGCACAACUAGACGCCAACAAUUUAUCGCGUUUUAUAGGAAAUUAAAUAGAAAAAAAGUAAACAAAAAAUUAAAAAAAAAAAUCCAACUGGAAGUAUUGUAAAUCUGGAAGCAUGUUUGUAACAUUUAUGAGUUUUGAGGUGACAGUUGAAGAACUAACAGAGCCAAAGAGUGAGAACUGGGACCCGAAAUUUUAGAUAUUUGCAGAGCACCGGGUCCAACUGAAAACUAAAAGUUCGAGAGAAAUAGUCCACACAACCAUCUGCUCUCCUUUACCAGAUACUAGCAGUGUUUGGCAAGCCCACAAGUUAAUAUUGUCGAAAGAUUUCCGGCUAAAAGUUCCGGUCCUCAGGCUGGUCGCGUUUUAAAGGGUGGUCUAUUUCAAGGUUUCUUACUUUUUAUUACUAUUAUACGAAAGAAUAUUCUUUGGCAUUUAUUUUUUGAAAAUUUUUGCUGCGACCGCCGCCUCGCGACUCUCCACGGGGUUCGUUUACACUCCUAGCUACGGCUAUAUUUUCUUCACUGCGUGCUGAACGUGGUCUCUUUGGUCGAAUAUUAUCCUACUGAAAAAACUACCCGUACUUGGUUCACCUGUUAAUAGCGAUAGUCCACUGGACCGUGAUUCCGCCCCAAAAAUUGGUCAAGCAAAGAAAACUAUAAUGCGUGCUUUUAUUGCACUCCACUUUGACUUCAUUCUCAAACUUUUAACCAUCCUAAUUUCAUGCUGGCUGGCAGCUGUUCGCUAAUCUCUGACCAACAGUGUUUCUCUAUAUUUGUUUUUUCAACUGUCGCACUGUCUAACCAUGUUGUUGUAGCGGCUAUCUUCCACCCAUUUUAGGAAAAUAAAUUCUCUGGACAUGCCGGAGGGGUAUCACACUGUUAAGCGUGGUUUUGUGGGCGUUUAGUGUGUUCAAUAUCCAGAACGAAGUUGCGAAAGCUUCACGCUAACUUUUCGAGCAAACUCUCGAGCCCACCGGCUGUAGGUAGUAAUUUCUACAAAAACAUUGUAGCAGCAACUUGGAUUUGGAAAGGAAGAAGUUCAAUAUGUUACUGAACUGCAUACUCCAGAACAUCAGCAUACUUCUGCUCUCCUCAGUCCAAUCUUUAUAACUACUAGUAAAAUGAUUCUGGUAGCAUUCAUAAGUUGUGAAAGCACUGCGUAGUUUUGUAAAAAUAAAUUAGGAAUAUAAUAAAAAAAAGCAAAAUCUAUAUCUAUAGAUUUAUCGAUAGUAAUCUGUCCACCAGUUCAGGCUUUGACCGCAGGUAGCUGCAACUUCCAGUUGAAAACUCAUAUUCAUUAAUAUAUCUGCAUUAAUUUUCUUUAGCUGCAUGUGCUUACACUAUGUAACAAAUCUAAAAGAAAUAUUAGCACAAUUUGCAUUAAAAAAAUUUUAACUCGCGUCACAAAUUUUACUAAGUCGUUAAGUUCCUGCACCAUAUCUACUUACACAUACUCGUAUUACUUGUACCUAUUUAUAACGAUUAGUACUAAAACUGAAAAGCUUCUCUAGCUAAAAACUAUAUUACUUAUUAUUAUAAUUCUUCUGCGAUAAUUUUUUUACGAAUCGUACAAUAUGAUUGUAUACGUUUUUAUAUAUUUUAUUUAUUAAAAUUUCUAUAUGUGACCUGGUCUACGAAAAGGGAGCUAACGUGCGAAAACUAGUUUUCUGGGAAAAGCUGUUAAAAAUAAUCGUCAGUUUCUUGUUAUCUCAUUAAUUGUUCUCCUUUUUUUUGACACCUAGCCCCCUUUCCGUAGGCCAGAUCACAUAUGCUUUAUUUUUUGUUGUAAUUUCUAUCAAAAUUUACGGGGUUCUAAUCUUGCAUCACAAAAAAAUGUUUUUUUCGAAACUUUUUCUAAGAAAUAUUGUUGAAAGUAAUUGGAAAAUAAGAAGGUUUAAGUCAUUCACAACUAGAUAGACUAUACAUACAUACUUAUGUAUAUACUUAUGGUAUAUGCUUUCGGGAAAAUUUGAAGAUAACUCUUCUUUACUGCCUGGCAUUUUCAGUACCAAUUGGCAGUGUGGCAUGGACACACUAACCACCUUGGUAAGGUUCGAGGCCCAUCUAAAACCUCUGCCGUACUUUGGGUCCGGCACCCGCUUGCAAUGCAACUCGACAUUCAACUGAUAAAGUGUCAGUUCUUCUCGCAUUCGGGUUUUAAAUCAAAACCACCAUGAUACUCCCCGAGGGGCCAGUCCACAUGACCAGCUUGGAGCAAACUCUAAAGGUUCCUGCUCUCCGUAGUACCAGAAUUAAGUCUCCGGUCAGACCUCGUAGCCUAAACUACUACCGGUGGUGAGCUUCCAUAAUGCUCUGAACUGGUGACCAGGGAUUGGAUCCCAUACGCACUUUACACGCACACCCCAUUCACACAAGAAACUACCAAAGCCUUAAUUUUCUGUUAAAAGCCUUCACCAAACGACCCUAAUUGUUCGGCAUUCCGACUAGUGGAGAUCAGAACGCUAAUAUCUAAACGUCCAUCAGUCCAGCUAAUCCCCAUACCACCCGGAUCCCUAAUGUCCUUACAUGCACCCAAUGCUCUACCCCCGCCCCACAAUAACAACCUAUCAGAGAAGUGCCUCUGAUGCAAAAAUGCAUUCUAAAGUCUGGGUUACCCUCGACAAACCCAAUGUCCCGAAUGUACUCAUAAGUCACUCGACCGUUAGGACUAUUGUGCCAGCGGUCUUGCCACCUACGGUCAGGUGUAGAAGCCUCCUGCUCCCUAGAUAUCUCUCUAUCUCCACGUCAUUAUCGGAAAUCCAUACAUUUCGCAGCAAUGACACACUCAAGCACCUUCUUAAUAUGAAUGCAACAGCACGCUGUAUGACAAUCAGGUCAAAAAGGAGUACACCUAACAGAAUCUGCAUAGCAUCCGUUGAGACGGUGCGACAUACAGGCAAGCGUCAUACAUUACAACGUUGUAUUGAGAGGAGUUUUCGCGACCCACACAGCCCACAAACAAGCCCGAUAUAUGGUGCGAACAGAACGACGUCUGAGAUCUCAAUCACUCUACAAAAUACGUCGUAUUUUGCAUACCCUGCCUGCAGUCGCUCCUUCACAUUCACCAAGUGUGGAGUCAAACACAUUCUUUCACUCACGGUCAGCUCCAGGUAUUUGACUUGCGUCACAUACUUGAUGGACUCCCGGACAAUCGGUGAACGAACCGGCGAUAAUCUAAACCCCAAUUAUUUACAAUCUUUAAAAGUUGUCCUCCCGCCCGCUCUAACCUAGACCGCAAGCAACCUUCGACCUAGAAGGGGGGGUCGUCAGCACACGCACAAUACUUACAGAGUAAAGUAACUCAGCCAAGCCAAAGAGUAAUUUUCGGACAGCCAAGUUCCUCCAGUCAUUGCACCACUAGAUCCCAGCUUAGAUAGUCAAACGCCCCGUUGAAGUCAACAAAUAUGCCAAGAACAUAAUUCCGGACAUGAAACAAUGCAUCCUCUUUACUGCGUCCUUUCCAGAACCCAUACUGCCUAGUUUUUCCACCUUUAACUUUCUCCAGCACUUCCCAAGUACUGGAAGUAGACUGAUGCUCCUGGAGUGCUCUCUUCCAUCCGGACAACAUGACCUAGCCAGCAUAGCCGCUGUCUUUUAAUUCGUUGAACUAUGUCAAUGUCGUCGUAUAUCUCGUACAGCUCUUCAUUCCAUCGACUGCGGUAUUCGCCAUUGCCAAUGCGAAUAGGGACCAUAAAUCUUCUGCAGAACUUUUCUCUCGAAAACUCGUAACGCCGACUCAUCAGAUGUUGUCAUCGUCCAUGCCUCUGCACCAAAUAACCUCAAAAGGAGUAUUUCAUCUGAGGCUGUUUUGAUCCUUUCAUUGGGGAUGUUUUUUGCGAGGUGAGUCCCAAACCCAGCGCACAACCCUGGGGAGGAAUGAUUCGCCUUCGCACUUUAGCUCGCCUUCAAACAGAUGUUUUUCGGCUAACCAGAGAAUACUUAGUCUAAAACCGGAAGUCGUGAGCUGCUUGAGCCAUAUGUAAAAGAAUCGUUUCUGGCCACUUCCAAGUGAAUGGCGCUCAGAGAACUUUCCUCACUUGCGUGAAGUUCUUCAGAAGAAGUCCUUCCUUACUUGUUUAAAUUAAAGAAAGGAUGGGAGUGUGUGAUGCUAGAUUCAGCAGCCCCGAAAAACCAAAGUUUAUAGACUAAAUUAUUGAUGCAUUUCAUAUAUAUUAUUAUUAUUUAUUACUAUUUUAUUAUUAUUAUUUUUUAUUUAUUAUUAUUAUUAUUUAUUUUAUUAUUAUUUAUUUAUUAUUAUUAUUUUUUACUCGACACUCAUUGCGGCCUGGAUUUAAAAUUUUAGUCAAACUAAUUUAGUAUUUAACAGCUAUUUAUUUGAACAAAAUUAUUUAUGCAUUUAUUUUGAAUUAAUAUUUAUAUACAAAUAUACAUAAUAUUUUUGAUUGUUUUUGUAAAUUUAAUGCAUGUCUUCCUCUGUGUUUGUUGUAUAUAAAUUAUUGUAAUAUUAAGAAAAUAUAAGUUGAAUUUGUUGAAAUUUUUAAAAUGUUAACGCUGUACUUAAAACAAAAAAUAUAUUUGAAAAUAAUUAAAAAACAGCGUUUUUUAAACACUUACGUAAGUGAAAAUACUACGCAAAAUCUAACUAGGCAAUCGUUUGCUUUUACUUACAUAGCUUUUUUGUUGUUUUUUUUUGGUUUUUUUUUUUAUAACAGCAUAUAGACAAAAUGACAAAGUUAGAGAAGUGUAGCACUAAGCGUAAAAUGGAAUUAAAGAAAUUCACAAAAACUCUUUAAGUGAAAACACCAAAAACACCAAAUUCAAUUGUAAUAAUUACAAGCGACUAAAUUAUAUGAAAUUAUUAUUGUGAAAUAUUAAUUAAAACAAAAACAAUGAAACAUUUUGUCCACUUUUACAUAAAAUUAGCAUAAGUCAAAAAUGAAAACUUGUAAAAAAUCUUAGCAUAAAUUGUUGAAAAAUUAUUGAGAGCAUUAUAUAGUUUAUAAAUGUAUGUAUGUAUUAUUGAAAAUAUUAAAUUUAAAUGUAAAUGUGUGUAAAAGUUUUAUUUAGUAGCUACGUACAAUUAAAAAAGUUAAACUAAAAAAUUACAAAAUGAAACUGAAAAAAAUUAAAACUAAAAAUUACAAAAUAAAACUGAAAAAAUUAAAACUAAAAAAUUACAAAAUAAAACUGAAAAAAUUACAAUUAAAAAAAUUUUUAAAAUAAAACUGAAAAACUUAAAAACCAAAACUAAAAAAAAAAUUAAAAAUAAAACAAAGCAAGCAAAAUAUAAAACUAACCAUUUCUGUAAAUGAAACCACAAUGUUAAGCUAACAGCUCACAAGAAAAUCCAAAAUCAAAACCAAGCAAAAUGAAAGCAGGAAUUUCAGUAAUUUAUAAAAAAAAUGUUUAUAUAUAAAAAAGCAAGAAUAAAUACAAAACUCAAUAACAAUUUGCAUCAAAAAUUAUUAUUUGGGUGUGCGCAAAAAUACUGUUAUAAAAAUAAA